UUUAUCAGUUAUCAGGGUUUAGUGACACUUAUCAAUUACGGUAAUUGAUAUCAGAUAUACUAUCAGUAUUAAUAUUACGUCCAAUCAGGUGACAGGACGUGAAAAUACAUAGUUUCACGUCGGACGUGAAAAUAGCCACUACGUAGAAAGUACUUUCAGGUUGUAGUAUUUUGAAGUUAAUGUUACGGAGUUGUGGCGUUUCCCAAGAAUAAUAUAAUUAUUUGAUAAUUUUAUAUUGCAGUACAAUUAAUGCUUAGAUCUUCAACUUCAAUGUCUUUUCUAGUAGGAAAGUGAACCUAGUCAGUACUGUGGAAGGUUGAAAAAAUAAUGUUUUAUAACUUUUCUAAAUAAUUUGGUGAAACAACAAAAGCCAAAGAGGGAACAGGGAAAGUAGGUAACCGCUCUGAUGCGACAAGUGGCAAAUAUACCUUUUCAUUGAGUUGGCCAGUGUAAUCGUAAUGAAAUUAAAUUUUGUUCAAAAUUAUUCAAAAUAUUUGAUUGAUCUUCAAUAUGAAUGAAAAUCAGGAGGAAAACCUUAAAAAAGGACAUUUAUUAAUUAAUCGUUUAGAAGAAAUACAAUAUUCUUAUUUCAAUGGCCGUCCAGAAUGGACAACCGUACAAAAGAAUGAUUUGAAAUUAUUUUUAGCAUACACAUAUUAUAAAUAUCCGUCUCCUAGUAAUGAAAUUGAAAACAACAAUUAUGAAGAUCACAACAAUAGUGAAAAAAUAUUUCAGUUAUAUAAAGAUGAAUUUAAAAAAAAUAUUGGAAAACUCUAUGAAGUAUUAGAGAAAGAACACAUUGAACCUGGUCAUUAUAGUAAUAUUGAUGUGGGUGUUACCAUAAUACAUAGUAUUUGCAAAAAUAAAUGUGAUACCUGCCAUAAUUUUCCUGCUAAAGACAUACACAAAUAUAUAUUAAUCAGAUUAAAAUUUAUUGACAAAUGUAUUUAUAUUGAUAUUAAAAACAGUAGAAAUUACAGUGGCUGGGAUCAGUAUUUAGAAAAUAAUGAUCUCCCUGAAGGAUUUAUGUUCUACCCAAUAUCAGGGCUUUAUGAUGGAUCAAAAACAUUACAUCAAAAUAUAACACCGGCUUCCAAAACAAAGGAACAUAUUUUAAAAUGUGUUGACUAUGCUUCAUUUGGAUCUAUAUCAGCUGGAUUUAUAACAACUGCCUGUGGUUGUAUAUUUACUUUAGCGGCUCCUAUAACAUUGGCAGCUUCCGUUUUAUUUUUUGGAGGUUCUUUAUUUCAAAUUUAUAGAAAUAUUGAUAAAUUAGCAGACAUGUACAAACAUAAAUAUGAUUUAUCUGGCUCAACACCCUGGAUACUUUGGACAAAUUUAGCGAUUUCUACCCUUGGUGUUCUAGUUGCCCCAUGUCAUGCAUUAGCUGCAGUAACUUCGGAAAUUAAUACAACUAUUCAAUCGUUUUCAAGGGCUCUCACAAUUAUUCGAAAAAGUGGUUGUAUUGCUCAAUGUACAUUGGAAGUCUUCCGUGCUGCUCUGGAAUUUAUAGAUAACGAUUUUAAAAUAACACCUGAAAAUGUGUUGAAGCUAUGUUUGGAAUUGUUCAUUGUUACGGGAACAUUAAUGUCUUCAAGUUACAUUAAAGAUAUUUUAAAGCUGCUGGCUGAGUCAAGUGUUUGGGUACCUAUUUACAAAACCCUGGAGCAAAUUCCUUACUGUUUGGGUCAAACGGUCUGGAACUCCGUUUAUUUUUUCAAAAGUCAUUUCGCAGUGUUCGUGGAACGAGUCACGAUGUUUCUCGCCGAAAACCUCACUGUGAACAAUCUGUUGAACUCGUGGAAAACGAUUCGUCAUGUGUUCGAGGGUUAUCAAAAGCAAAUCGCCCAGUUGAACGUCGGCGACCUGUUGUGGCACGUGGUGGACGGCAUAGCGGUGGACGAAAGCGUGAAGAACGUGUUGCGCGGCAAGCGCAUGGUGAAGCUGCUGGAGAAUCUGAGCGGGAAAAACCCGAUCCGCCGAGCCCUGGUUAAGUAUUCUGUGGAUCGAGUCUUGCAGGAGGCGAUGAAGCUGCAGGCGAAUCGCGAUGAUUGUGUGGCCGAAUCGGCCAGGCACGGUGAGACGCGCACGUGGAAGGUGGACGAGGAGUUUUGCAAGUGUUACGGGUUGGAUAGGUGCGCCAUGGACCAGUACGCGCUGUGGGCCAUCUUCGAAGUCGGUAUGGACGCGGCCGCUGUGAUGGCCGAUUACGAGGAGUACGCAUCGCGUCCGGAAAACACAUAUGACGACGAAAUGGUUGUCAACGAGGCCUGCCGCUCCGGUUGGUCGGCCAAAGGGUACACGUUGGUGGCGCCUUGCGGCGUCUUGGACUUGGAAAUGUGCUUGCGGUUCUCGGAAAAGAUCAACCCGCAGCCGCAUCGUUACACUGAUCACAAACUCGUGCAGCCCGAGCCCGGCGUAUCCCUGAUGUUCGGGAUUUCCGCUUAUUCGAUCAAUAUCGUGUUCUUCGGCAUCGACAUGAUCAACGACGUGCCGAAGAUGAGUAUCUGCUUCUUCCAGCAAAAUCGUGAUUCAGACACACCAAUCUCCGACCACAGCGGUUUUAAGAAGUUGCAAGCGGCUUAAGCGUUGUUGCUUACCAUCUAUUAGUGCUCGCACUGCAACGUCAUCAUCGCUGCCACAUUUUGUGGAUCUUCCGAACUGUGUUCUCGCGCCUUCCUCCAGUUCAUUUAAUGGUCUCGCAUUUUACUGCCUCUACUGACUUGAUGAAAACUGAUCUGACACAUGUGUAAUUAAAUUUCAUAAAAAUUAUGUAAUCUUGUUAUUUUUCUAUAAAUUGUUUGCAUAUUAGAAAGUAACGAGUGUUAUAAAUGUAAGAGUUUUAUUACUUUUAUAUUGUUCGGGAAUAUAAUAAAUUAACAUGAGAAAUAUUCUCAAAUAUGUAUGUACAUAUUUUUCUAACACAAUAUUUUAUACCAGGGAUUGCCGACCCGCGGCCCGCCUUGGAAAGUUUUGCCGCCCCUCGACAUUAUCAAAUAUUUACAAAAAAAAAAAUUAUUUUUGCGCCGAUGGAAUAGAUAUCUCACUAAAUAGUAAAAUCAAUAAAUUAAAAUUAUUGUAUGUAAUAUAUAUUAUAACAUACGAGUCAUAGUAAAAACGAUUAUAAUUCAUGCUGUUUAUUUUAAAUAAUUUAUACACCAAAGCUUAUUUUGUAAUAAUAAUUUUGUUUAUAAUGUUUACUCCAUUUUUUUUGUGUUGGGGCAAAACACUUUUAUAAUUUUGUGUGUGACUUGCAGGAUUGUAAUGUAUUUACAAAGUGGCCCGCAAGAUCAUUUGGGUUGGCCAUCCCUGUUUUAUAAUAACAUUUAUUAUAUUAUUUUAUUUGUCAUAGAUACAUGUUAUAACAAUUUUUUAUAUUGAAUGGAAUUAUAAUCUUUAUCUUUAAUAUUUUAUUUUUAUGAAUGGUACCUAGCUGCAGACCACUAUCAGUUAGGUAUACAAUUACUUUAUGAAUAUUAAUAAAUAAAUAAUUAACAUAAUA